CAUCCUUGAAACGGCCCCUCUGGUUUCAGCCCAGGUCACAGCCCGCAGACCAGCUACUUCCGGUAAGGAACCCCCCCUGUGUUUUUGGUAUACCCCCCCCGCCCCCCCCUCCCCCCCGGGGCCUCCCUCCCCAGCCCCCUGCCUUUUUUUUGGUACCCCCCUCCCCUUUUUUGUGUUGCCCCCCUGGUCUGUGGCCUGGGUGCUGCUGCAACGGGGGCCUUCCUUGCACUCUGCAACGGUUCCGCAUCUUAUCAUUCACCACCAUGCGUUCCACCCAUCACCACCCAUCACCACCCAUCACCACCCAUCACCACCCAUCACCACUCUUCAGAACCACUGUAGCUCUCCACCUUCCUAACCUUGCUCUGCUUUACCCUUCCGCUUCCCCGCAAUUCCUCUGCACCUACUGCCUGCUUGUACUCGUGCAUGCCAUGCCAUGCCAUCCCAUGGAUACCACAUCAUGCCAAAUCCUUAAAACGGCCGCUCUGGUUGCAGCCCAGAGCACAGGCUACAGACCGGCUACUUCCGGCACAGGCACAGGCUACUUUCGGUAACCCCUGCUUUUUUUGGUACUCCCCCCCCCAUUUUUUGUUAACCCCCCUUCCUGCUGGUCUGUGCCCUGGGUGCUGCUGCUGCAACUGUGGUCUUCGUUGCACUCUGCUUUGUAAGUUGCAAUCCGCCAACCACCAACCAUCACCGCCCAUCACCACUGGUCACCACCCAUCAGAGCCACUGUAGCUCUCACCGUAGCUCGCACCACUCCUCGCACCGUCGCUCUCCACCUUCCUAACCUCGCCUCUGCCUGACC